AUGAGGAGCAGGAGCAAUUCCGGAGUCCGCUUGGAUGGAUACGCGCGGCUGGUACAGCAAACCAUCCUGUGCUACCAGAAUCCGGUCACAGGGCUGCUGUCAGCCAGUCACGAACAGAAGGACGCCUGGGUGCGGGAUAACAUCUACAGCAUUCUGGCCGUGUGGGGCCUGGGCAUGGCCUACCGCAAGAAUGCUGACCGCGACGAGGACAAGGCCAAAGCCUACGAGCUGGAGCAGAACGUGGUGAAACUGAUGCGGGGUCUUCUCCAGUGCAUGAUGAGACAGGUACAUAAAGUGGAGAAGUUCAAGCACACUCAGAGUACCAAGGACAGCCUGCACGCCAAGUACAACACCGCCACCUGCAGCACCGUGGUGGGUGACGACCAGUGGGGCCACCUCCAGGUGGAUGCCACCUCCCUCUUCCUCCUGUUCCUGGCCCAGAUGACGGCCUCCGGUUUACGUAUUAUUUUCACCCUUGACGAGGUGGCCUUCGUACAGAAUCUUGUUUUUUACAUAGAAGCUGCAUAUAAAGUCGCUGAUUAUGGAAUGUGGGAGCGCGGAGAUAAGACUAAUCAGGGCAUUCCGGAAUUGAACGCAAGCUCUGUAGGAAUGGCCAAGGCAGCCCUUGAGGCAAUUGACGAACUGGACCUCUUUGGAGCCCAUGGAGGACGCAAGUCAGUGAUCCACGUGCUGCCUGAUGAUGUCGAACACUGCCAGUCUAUUCUGUUCUCCAUGCUGCCAAGAGCAUCAACGUCUAAGGAGAUUGACGCUGGACUUCUUUCCAUUAUCUCUUUCCCGGCCUUUGCAGUGGAAGAUAUGAACCUUGUGAAUGUGACCAAAAAUGAAAUUAUUUCCAAGCUCCAGGGGCGUUAUGGAUGCUGUCGCUUCCUUCGAGACGGUUAUAAAACCCCAAGAGAGGACCCAAACCGAUUGCAUUAUGACCCUGCUGAACUCAAGCUCUUUGAAAACAUUGAAUGUGAAUGGCCUGUGUUCUGGACAUAUUUCAUAAUAGAUGGGGUCUUCAACGGUGACGCCGUUCAGGUCCAAGAGUACCGAGAGGCCCUGGAGGGAAUAUUAAUCAGAGGCAAGAACGGGAUCCACCUGGUGCCAGAACUGUAUGCCAUCCCACCUAACAAGGUAGAUGAAGAGUAUAAGAACCCCCACACGGUGGACAGAGUUCCUCUGGGGAAGCUGCCCCAUCUGUGGGGUCAGUCCUUGUACAUCCUCAGCUCGCUGUUGGCAGAGGGAUUCCUUGCCACUGGAGAAAUUGAUCCCUUAAAUAGAAGAUUUUCCACUUCCGUCAAACCUGAUGUCGUAGUGCAAGUCACCGUUCUGGCAGAAAACAACCUCAUUAAGGACUUGUUGAGGAAACAUGGGGUAAACGUCCAGAGUAUUGCUGACAUUCAUCCAAUCCGAGUCCAGCCAGGCCGGAUUCUUAGUCACAUAUAUGCCAAGCUUGGACGGAAUAAGAACAUGAAAUUGAGUGGGCGGCCAUAUCGGCACAUUGGCGUGCUUGGAACAUCUAAGCUAUAUGUGAUUAGGAACCAGAUCUUUACUUUUACACCCCAGUUUACCGACCAGCAUCAUUUCUACCUGGCCCUGGACAAUGAGAUGAUCGUGGAGAUGCUGAGGAUCGAACUGGCCUACCUGUGCACCUGCUGGCGGAUGACGGGCAGACCCACGCUCACCUUCCCCAUCACCCACACCAUGCUCACAAAUGAUGGUUCAGAUAUUCAUUCUGCAGUUCUUUCUACAAUUAGAAAACUAGAGGAUGGAUAUUUUGGAGGAGCCAGAGUAAAAUUAGGGAGCCUUUCGGAAUUUCUUACCACGUCUUUCUACACAUAUCUGACCUUCCUGGAUCCAGACUGUGAUGAGAAGUUGUUUAAUGAUGACAGCGAAGGGAGCUUCAGUCCUGAUUCCGACUUGGGAGGAUAUUUGGAAGAUACCUAUAAUCAAGAAAGCGAGGAUGAACUUGACCAGUAUAUCAACCACCUCCUCCAAAGCACCUCCUCCAAGUGCUAUCUGCCCCCUCUUUCUAAGAAGACAGAAGACAGCCAUGUUUUCAGUGCCAUCCACUCCACUCGGGAUAUACUUUCCGUGAUGGCAAAAGCAAAGGGUUUGGAAAUUCCAUUUGUUCCCAUGACUUUGCCAACUAAAGUUCUAAGUACCCACCGUAAAUCACUAAAUCUUGUUGAUUCUCCUCAGCCACUCCUAAAUAAGGCCCCCGAAGACGACUUCCAGUGGCCCAGAGAUGACCAUGGUGAUGUGGACUGUGACAAGCUGGUUGAGCAGCUGAAAGAUUGUUCAAACCUACAGGACCAAGCAGACAUUCUGUACAUUCUGUAUGUAAUAAAGGGCCCCAGCUGGGACACAAAUCUCUCCGGACAGCACGGGGUCACCGUUCACAACCUCCUCAGCGAGCUCUAUGGGAAAGCUGGCUUGAACCAGGAGUGGGGUUUGAUUCGCUACAUCUCUGGCCUGCUGAGGAAGAAAGUGGAGGUCCUGGCAGAGGCCUGCACAGACCUGCUGUCGCACCAGAAGCAGCUCACAGUGGGCCUGCCACCAGAGCCCCGGGAGAAGACCAUCUCUGCGCCCCUGCCCCCCGAGGAGCUCACAAAGCUCAUCUACGAAGCCAGCGGGCAGGACAUCAGCAUCGCCGUCCUCACACAGGAGAUUGUGGUUUACCUGGCCAUGUACGUCAGGGCACAGCCCAGCCUCUUCGUGGAGAUGCUCAGACUGCGGAUUGGACUGAUCAUUCAGGUGAUGGCCACGGAGCUGGCACGGAGCCUGAACUGCUCAGGAGAAGAAGCUUCUGAAAGUUUGAUGAACCUCAGCCCUUUUGACAUGAAAAACCUUCUGCACCAUAUUCUGAGUGGAAAAGAAUUUGGCGUUGAAAGAAGCGUGCGACCCAUCCAUUCCUCCACAUCCAGCCCUGCCAUCUCCAUCCAUGAGGUGGGACACACGGGAGUCACCAAAACCGAGAGGAGUGGCAUUAACAGGCUGAGGAGCGAGAUGAAACAGAUGACUAGGCGAUUUAGUGCUGAUGAACAGCUCUUUUCUGUGAGCCAGGCCGUGGCCAGCAGUGCACAUUCCUCCAAGUCUGCGAGAUCCAGCACCCCAUCCUCGCCCACUGGCACAUCAUCGUCAGACUCUGGCGGGCAUCACAUUGGCUGGGGGGAGCGGCAGGGCCAGUGGCUACGCAGGAGGAGGCUGGACGGAGCCAUCAACAGGGUCCCCGUGGGAUUCUACCAGAAGGUGUGGAAGAUCCUUCAGAAGUGCCAUGGUCUGUCCAUCGACGGUUAUGUGCUCCCGUCCUCGACGACAAGAGAGAUGACCCCACAGGAGAUCAAGUUCGCCGUGCACGUUGAGUCGGUGCUGAACCGCGUGCCGCAGCCCGAGUACCGGCAGCUGCUGGUGGAGGCCAUCAUGGUGCUGACGCUGCUCUCAGACACGGAGAUGAACAGCAUCGGGGGCAUCAUCCACGUGGACCAGAUCGUGCAGAUGGCCAACCAGCUGUUCCUACAGGACCAGAUGUCAAUUGGAGCCACGGAUACCCUGGAGAAAGACCAAGUCACAGGCAUUUGCCACUUCUUUUACGACAGCGCUCCGAGUGGGGCUUAUGGGACAAUGACCUACCUGACAAAGGCAGUGGCUUCCCAUUUGCAGGAACUGCUGCCCAAUUCAGGCUGCCAGAUGCAGUAG